AUGUCUAGCAAUUCUACGGGGAAAGUUAUGGAAUAUAACUCGUCCAUCAAAGAAGCGGUGGGGCAGUGCGCCGAAGGCCUGUCCCAGUGCCUGGAGAUCCCAGAACUGGAGGACGACUGGGUUGAGGACGCUUUGGGAAGUAUUGAGGAUUUUAUCUUGUCUAAUGGAUUGCACGUUUCACUAGGAGCGUCUCUGGAACCUCGGGAUCUGAAGACCGUCGAGGAAAUCCUCGAAUGUUUGGGGGAGAUUGGUGCCAUCAUUGCCAAGUUUCAGACGCAGCUUCAAGCACCACAACCUUCCUCUGAUGCGCAGCUGGAAGAACCGUCUUCUACAGGAGACACCACGGAGUCUCUGCCAGAGUUGAUGUGGUUCUUUGACAAGGUCAUGAACAAUAUUCAGAAGAUUUCGUUUGCCAGGGAGAACCAAGUUGGCUUCUGA